AAACAUUAUUGGGAACAGACAACAGCACAAAGGGCAAGAAGGUAGAGACAACAAUACAUCACGCAAAGCAGACUCAACUGUCAGUAAGAUUGUCCAUGAUUGAGUAUUUGAGUCUCAUCCCAACAGCCAAAUUGGCAGAAGAACACAUUUACUCUGCAGCAGAUGUGUUCAAAAUCACACCCCUUGACUUACUGUAGUUAUAUUGUAAUCAAAGUUCUGUCAUAAGAAUUGGAUUUGAUAGGUUGCAGCAAACAAACUAUCUGGCGUUCAACCUGUCAUUACCUGACUGUAUAUACUGGGAUGAUGCGCUUUCAGAUGUCUCUUGAGGUUGGUAGUAUUUUCCCCCGUCAACUUGUGGGUGCAAACGCUGUCUUCUCCCGUGUACUUGUGGGUGCAAACGCUGUCUUCUCCCGUGUACUUGUGGGUGCAAACGCUGUCUUCUCCCGUGUACUUGUGGGUGCAAACGCUGUCUUCUCCCGUGUACUUGUGGGUGCAAACGCUGUCUUCUCCCGUGUACUUGUGGGUGCAAACGCUGUCUUCUCCCGUGUACUUGUGGGUGCAAACGCUGUCUUCUCCCGUGUACUUGUGGGUGCAAACGCUGUCUUCUCCCGUCAACUUGUGGGUGCAAACGCUGUCUUCUCCCGUGUACUUGUGGGUGCAAACGCUGUCUUCUCCCGUGUACUUGUGGAUGCAAACGCUGUCUUCUCCCGUGUACUUGUGGGUGCAAACGCUGUCUUCUCCCGUCAACUUGUGGGUGCAAACGCUGUCUUCUCCCGUGUACUUGUGGGUGCAAACGCUGUCUUCUCCCGUCAACUUGUGGGUGCAAACGCUGUCUUCUCCCGUCAACUUGUGGGUGCAAACGCUGUCUUCUCCCGUCAACUUGUGGGUGCAAACGCUGUCUUCUCCCGUCAACUUGUGGGUGCAAACGCUGUCUUCUCCCGUCUACUUGUGGGUGCAAACGCUGUCUUCUCCCGUCUACUUGUGGGUGCAAACGCUGUCUUCUCCCGUCUACUUGUGGGUGCAAACGCUGUCUUCUCCCGUCUACUUGUGGGUGCAAACGCUGUCUUCUCCCGUCUACUUGUGGGUGCAAACGCUGUCUUCUCCCGUCUACUUGUGGGUGCAAACGCUGUCUUCUCCCGUCUACUUGUGGGUGCAAACGCUGUCUUCUCCCGUCUACUUGUGGGUGCAAACGCUGUCUUCUCCAGUGUAAAUGUUGCAUUCGGUCUUGUUUGAAUCGACACGUUUAGUAAAGUGGCUCCAAAUGUUGCCCCUUUUUCUACCGACAGCUUGUACCACUGGGAGAGUUGCCCUGGCGUGGGCCUUAUUUGCAUCAAUGAUUUGUUGCCGCCAGAUUGGAGAACGGUUGCCGGGCAGAGAGGUGACUAGUGAAGGACUGGGGCAUGCUUCCCAGGCAACCACAGCAGCAGGAUUGUUUUGAUUAAAAAUCAGCUUUCCCAAGGCAAAGAAGGGGGAUAUGCUGUGAAACCUGUGAAGACAGACCCAACAUACUACAAUCAAAGGUACCAUCAUGUGGACCAACAGAAUUGUAACAGUGACACAGGCCUACAGUACAACAAGACCGGGCUACGGAGAAGGGCUCCUGGAUCUCCUCUUUAACGAGGUCACCCUUGAUCGAGCACCGCAUAUGUGGAAGCUGUGCUAGCUGUACGUCCCAGGACCCCUGUCGGCCCAGUGUGAGAGGCCUGCGCUGUACGUCCCAGGA